AUGGCGGAGGAAGCACUGGCGGCUGCAAUGGACAAGCUUGCGGACAUCAUGGCCGCGAAGAUGGUGGCUGCAGGUGAGAAGGCACCUGCUGAUGUGGGCUCGAGCGCUGCGCAGGCAGAGAUGGUGCAGAAGAUUGAGCUGGCUCCAAACGAGGUGAAGUUAGAAGGUGUAGAAAACUACCUGAGGUGGUCGAGGAGAGGUAAACUCAUCCUCAGAACUAAGUCACUGGAAGACUAUGCUCUUGGUGAGGUGAAGGAACCAGAAGACAAGAGGGGAGCUUCAUGGAAGAAAUGGAAUGCCACAGACAGUUUCGUGUUGAAUUGGCUGCUGAGUUCUCUAUCCCCUUCUGUUGCUGCUUCGGUGGAGGACCUCCCUACUGCUGCUGAGGUAUGGGCAGCGUUAGCUAGUAUGUACUCAGGGAAGGGAAAUGUCAUGUUGGUCUCCAAAAUUGAAGAAACUGUGCAUGAUCUCACUCAAGGUGAUAGGACUGUAAUGAUGUAUGUUGAAGAGCUGAAACAUCUUUGGGCUGAUUUAGACUAUCUUGCACCUAUUGUGUUGCCACAUGCUGAGUGUGCAGUGAUAGCUAGAAAGUGGGUUGAGGAUAGGCGUGUCCUCAAGUUUUUGAAGGGGCUGGACUCCAUGUUUGAGAAUAGAAGGGCUAUCUUAAUGCAACAAGCUGAGUUGCCGUCACUAAGAGAUGCCAUUGCUGCUAUAGCACAGAAGGAGACUAGACUGAAAGCUGUGGAGCGGUCAAAGGUGGCUUCCAGACCUGCUUAUCACAUAAUGAAUAGGCCUGAGACAAGAGACUGCCACAAUUGUGGGCUGAAAGGGCAUCUCAGUUACCAGUGCACAGCCCCAUCGAAGAGAGACAACAAAGGCAGAGGAGGUUACAGAGGCAGCUACAGAGGAGAUGGUAGGGGAUACUAUCGUGGAAGCAACAACAGGGGCAGAAGUGCUCCAAGUAACUAUAACAACUACAAUCGCUACCAAGGGGAGGCCAGAGCGAAUGUAUCUGUCAUGAGUGAGGGUCAGUCCAGUUCUUCUCAUAGUCAAGACAUGAGAAAUGAGCAGCAGGGUCAAGACAAGAGGAACGAACAGCAAGCGGAGACAGUGUUUGGUGACUUUGCUCAUUUUGUGUACUCUGAUGAAGGAGAUGGGAACUGGGAGGAGGCUUGGGGCAGGAACCAGGCAUAGAGGACUAUGGUACAUGGAUCACCAGGAGGAUGUGAAGACUGCUGGCAUGGCUCUUGCUGCGACUGCGACAGAGAAGGAAGCAUUAGCUAUGAUCCACCAUUGUAGGUUUGGACAUGUUUCUUUUGAGAAAAUGAAGAAAGCUUUCCCUGAUGUAAUGAAUGGUUUAGAUAAAACCAAGUUAAGGUGUGAGGCAUGUGAGUAUGCUAAACACACUCGGAUAUCGUAUGUGAGUAAGGGGCUCAGGAGUAUAGUCCCAUUUGUGCUUGUUCAUUCAGAUGUUUGGACAUGUCCAUCAACCUCGAUAAAUGGAAUGAAAUAUUUUGUCACCUUCAUUGAUUGCAAUACUCGCAUGACAUGGAUGUAUCUAAUGCGACAUAAAGAUGAGGUGUUUGAGUGUUUCAAGGACUUCUGUGCGUAUGUUAAAACUCAAUUCAAGGUGCAGGUUCAAAUGAUAAGGACUGACAAUGGGACAGAAUAUGUCAACAGAAGGCUGGGAGAGUUCCUAUCAGACCAAGGUAUUCUGCAUCAGACAUCUUGCCCGGACACUCCUCCCCAAAAUGGCGUGGCAGAGCGGAAAAAUCGGCAUAUCCUUGAGGUGGCGCGCUCAAUCAUGUACACUAUGAAUGUGCCAAAGUGUCUAUGGGGUGAAGCCGUUCUGACUGCAACCUAUCUGAUCAAUCGCACGCCAUCCAUGAUACUGGGUAUGAAAUCUCCUUGUGAACUCUUAUUAGGAGAGAAUAAAUUUAGUGUGCCACCAAAGGUGUUUGGAUGUACUUGUUUUGUCAAGGAUCAUAGACCUGCUGUGAACAAGCUGGAUCCUCGGGCGGUGAAGUGUAUCUUUAUUGGCUAUCCUUCUGGACAGAGAGGGUAUAAGUGUUGGAGUCCUUCUGAUAGGCGCACUUUCGUGAGUAUGGAUGUGACAUUCUGGGAAUCUAAUCCUUACUAUGGGGAAAAACUGACUUGAGCUUGUUGUUUGAAUGUCUGGACCAGCCUGUGGUUGGUCCAGAGGGGGAGGUGGUGUUGCAACCUCAAGUAUCUGAAGCAAGAGGGAGAGAACAAGGAAGAUGUCAGGAAGAGGUGAUGCAGCAAGCAAGACCGCCAAUGGUGGGCACUAUACCCGUGUUGCCGUUGUCUAGUGGAGAAGGUGAAACAGAAACGCAUCAGGUUCAAGAGCAACCUGAGCAGCAGAAGGGCAUAGCACAGAAGCCACUUAAAGUCUACACCCGGCGAGCCAAGGCAAAUGAACCCCAGGGGGAGCAAGCAGGAAAUGAGAAUGUGAUGCAGGGGGAGUCACACAUAGAACAGGAGGACUCAUCCACGGAGAUGCCAAUUGCGUUGAGGAAGGGAACUAGGGCUGCGGCUGCCAAACGUGUCGAGAGAUAUGGGUUUGAGCAUAAUAUUGGGAAUUAUGUGAAUUAUGAUGCUCUGUCGGCAUCAUAUAAAGUGUUCAUUGCUUCUCUUCAAGCGAUGGUUAUUCCUUUAGAUUGGAGAAAUGCAAAGAAGGACCCUAAGUGGUGUGCUACUAUGCGAGAAGAACUAGAAGCAUUGAGAAAACAGAGGACUUGGGAGUUAGCUGAGUUGCCAGCAGGAAAGAAAAUAGUGGGCUGCAAAUGGGUUUAUUCUGUCAAACAGAAUCCUGAAGGCAAGAUUGAGAGAUACAAAGCCAGACUAGUUGCAAGAGGAUAUAGUCAAACCUAUGGGAUAGACUAUGACGAAACAUUUGCUCCAGUAGCAAAAAUGAACACUGUGAGGAUAUUAGUAUCAUGUGCAGCAAACUUUGGAUGGCCUUUGCAUCAGUUAGAUGUGAAAAAUGCUUUCUUGCAUGGAGAACUAAAAGAAGAAGUCUAUAUGGAAGUCCCCCUGGAUUGGACUCAUCUAAAACUGAAGGCAAGGUGUGUAGAUUGAAAAAGUCUUUGUAUGGUCUGAAACAAUCACCGAGAGCUUGGUUCGAUAGAUUCCGAAGGGCUAUGUGUGAGAUGGGAUACAAACAAUGCAAUAAGGAUCACACUGUCUUCUACCGACAUCAGAAUAGGAAGAUUGUCAUCCUUGCAGUCUAUGUAGAUGAUAUAAUCAUAACUGGAGAUGAUGGGACGGAGAUAGCAAGGUUAAAGGAGUGUCUUGGAAAGGCAUUUGAAGUGAAGGAUCUUGGUCAGAUGAAGUAUUUUCUGGGUAUUGAGAUUGCAAGAUCUGCCAAAGGGAUAGCCUUGUCCCAGCGCAAGUACACCUUGGAUCUCCUCAGUGAUAUGGGAAUGUUAGAGUGUCGAGCUGCUACUACCCCAAUUGACCAAAACCAUAAGGUAACAGCACAAUCUGGAGAUCUAGUGGAUAAGGAGAAAUACCAAAGACUGGUAGGGCGUUUACUAUACUUGUGUCACAUAAGACCAGACAUUGCCUAUGCUGUGAGCAUAGUGAGUAGGUAUAUGCAUGAGCCCAGAAGUGGACAUGUGGAGGCAGCACACAGAAUUCUGAAGUAUUUGAAGGGAACACCAGGAAGAGGACUGUGGUUCGAAGGGAAUGGCCACUUGGUAGUUGAUGGGUAUAGUGAUGCAGACUGGGCAAGUUGCCUGGAUGAUCGUCGAUCAACAUCUGGGUAUUGUGUGUUUGUGGGAGGUAACUUAGUUUCAUGGAGAAGCAAGAAGCAGCCAGUUGUAUCAAAAUCAACAGCAGAAGCAGAAUAUAGAGCCAUGUCUCAGGGGUUAAGUGAGAUGUUGUGGGUGAGAAACCUUCUAAGUGAAUUGAAAUUGCUAAGAGAAGGACCUCUGAAUGUCUGGUGUGACAACAGGUCUGCUAUAUGCAUAGCUAACAACCCAGUGCAACAUGACAGAACUAAGCAUGUAGAGAUUGAUCGAUUCUUCAUCAAAGAGAAGCGUGAUGCUGGGAUUAUAAAGAUUGAGUAUGUGCACACAGGCCAACAGAUAGCAGACUGCUUGACAAAAGGUUUGGCAGGAAAGGAAUGCAACCUAGCUUGCGACAAGAUGGGAAUGAUAGAUAUCUACCACCCAUCUUGAGGGGGAGUGUUGAACCGGUAUGGGCCCUAGCCCAUCUGUACCUAUCUCUUAGGCCCAAGCCCAUGAGAAAUGUUGACCUAGAAGAGGAGCUCCUCCUCCUCUGUUCCGUGAGAGCCGCCACACACCAAGAAAGACACAACAGUAGCUGCUCCUGGUAUGCUACUCCUCCAAGUUCAACAACAUGUAAGUACACACUCACCACAAAUCACAAGUCAAAUAUGUGUCGCCACCUGAUCUCCCAAUCACCGUACAUUUGUCCGUCCUUGUACACUAGCAUCCUUGACACAGCUGACCAACCGACUGUUGUCAGGUGUCCCUCUGGGCCAAACUCAUUCACAAAGUCCUCACCUGACAUCACUAUCAGGUAAGGCAACAGGUGUUUGUACCAUUUCCUGCAAGUUCGAAACACACAAUUCAACAGCCGUGCAAAACAACAUACCCAAGUUUUGACAUGUGAUCUACUCGAUUAGGUAAUUAACUUACCGGUUGCGAUUCCUUGAGCUCCUAAUGCACAUUUUGUCCCAGAAUUCCACAACAUUCUUUGUAAGGGGUUCCUCAUGCUUCAGACCAGCUUUACCGGGGAACACGUCUCCCUUGUUAUCCAUUUCCAUUUUCACUAUGGUCCUCACCAUGCCAACACGCAACCUCAGGUUGCUAUUCAUUCGCCCUGAGACGACUCCUACCCCCCUCUCUACGCCAGCAUUCACUGCACCAGACAACACCGUUACAAAAUUAGAUGUAGUUAUGUUCCCCCGUACAGAUUCACCUAUAGAUAUGUAUUUUAUAUCACUGGUAACAAACCUGUCUAUCCAUCAUUCAUCGCUGCAUGUUCGUUUUGAGCAUGCUGCCCAUGCAGACCAGUAGUCCCUGCUGCCGAUGUUUCUCCAACAUCUCUGACUGCAAGUACAUAUAGAUGGCGCGAAUAAGAUAUGGCAUGAGACCGUUUUAUUGAGUUGUGGUUACAGGUUGGGUUUUGUUUCCCACUCACUUGUAUUCCCCGUGAAGUUAUGUCCUGCAAUUCGCUGAAGUACACCUACACCAGUUGUCACUGGUUCUGCUUGGUCCGGUUCUGCAAAUCCACGCACUAUAAUAAGAGAAUUGAGCAGGAUUCAUCAGCUUAUUAAGGUUGAGAUUUUUAAUCACCUUCAUGAUGCCCAGAUCUGCCAAUAGGUGGAUUCAAGUCAUACCCACCACCUACAGAAGUAGCCCCUGCUCCAGAACCUUCUCCGGCUGCCCUGACUAUCAAUGCAAAUACAAGAUCAAUGCCUGUCAUCGCAUUACUCAACAGUUCUUCAUCAUUAGGGAAUGUUUUUCACUCACUUGUAAUCCCUGGAAAGACAUAUCCCGUGCUGAUUCGAAGGACACCUCCUCAAGUUGUUACCGUUUUAGUUUGCCCUGUUGCUGGAAGAGCAAGCAUUAUAUUCUAGUUAGCCCUCUGCUAAUGUGACUUAGUUGGUAUAUGUUGAGUUUUAAUUUUUUUACAAACCUUGACGAUGCUCAUCAUUCCCGGGUUGUGCUAUUAAAACAUCUCCUCGAGCUGUCAUCGUUUCAGUUUGUCGCGUUGCUACAAGUUCAAGCAGUAUAGUUAGUCAGUCUAGUGCUAAUUUGAUUUACUUGAAAUAAGAUUAUAUUUGAUUUGUCUACGAACCUUGAACAUGAUCACCAUUCCCUGGCUGUCCCAUCAACCCAUUUUGGUCUGAGUCGUUACCACUCCCAUCGUUUUGAUCUAAACUUCGUGUCGAGGAUGACUGCCUGCCUGAUCUCUUGAUACGUCUCCUUUGUCGGCACUGCCGCCUCCCUCUGUUUGCGCUCCGCUUAUGUCGCCUUCGGAUUCCUUCUGGUCCUCUACCUGCCAUGUAUAAUGGACAAACAUGACAAUUUGAAAUUCUGAAUCUACGCCCCCUGGCCAAUAUGUACACCAGCAGCAACAGCACCUGCUUCAUUGGUCCCAGCCGGCACAGGUUCAAUCACCGUUGUUGCUGCCAUUGGAUGGUAUUCAUGUGGUGGCGAUGAUCCAACAAAUGCCAUCCCUACAAAUUUGUAAAUCAAAUCUCCCACCAACUGGUUCAUGAACACUGUCCCCAAUUUAGUUGCAUACAUUAUCUCAUGCAAAACACUUACCAUCUAUUGUCGUCUGAAACUUCAUGCAAUGUGUGUUCCCCGUGCUUCCUU